AUGGAUCUGCUGCCGGUGGGGAACACGAGCCUGGGCUCCCCCAACGAGAGCCUGGCGCCAGCCCCCUCCUCGCCCCUCCUGAAGCCUCCGUCCCCCUACUCGCCCGCCGCCGUCGCCAGCCUGGCGGCGGUGGUGGGCUUCCUCAUCGUCUUCACCAUCGUGGGCAACGUGCUGGUGGUGAUAGCCGUGCUCACCAGCCGGGCGCUGAGAGCCCCCCAGAACCUCUUCCUGGUGUCACUGGCCAGCGCGGACAUCCUGGUGGCUACUCUGGUCAUGCCUUUCUCUUUGGCCAACGAGCUUAUGAAUUACUGGUACUUCGGCAAAGCUUGGUGUAACAUUUACCUGGCGCUGGACGUGCUGUUCUGCACCUCCUCCAUCGUCCACCUGUGCGCCAUCAGUCUCGACAGGUAUUGGUCGGUCACGCAGGCGGUGGAAUACAACCUCAAACGGACCCCCCGGCGGAUCAAGGCCAUCAUCCUCACUGUCUGGCUCAUUUCGGCUGUCAUCUCCUUCCCACCAUUGAUCUCCAUGUACCGGGACCCCGAAGGAGAUGUCUUUCCUCAGUGCAAGCUCAAUGAUGAGACGUGGUACAUCCUUUCUUCUUGCAUUGGCUCUUUCUUUGCCCCCUGCCUCAUCAUGGUGUUGGUCUAUAUCCGCAUCUACCGUGUGGCCAAGCUAAGGACCAGGACCCUCUCUGAGAAGCGUACAAUGCCAGAGGGGUCCUCCCAGACUGAGAAUGGCUUGAGCCGCGCUGCUGGGGGCUGCACAUCCCUGAGGAUGCAGCUGGGAGAGAACGGACAUUAUUCAGUGCACCACUGGCGAAAAGCCUCUGAGCUGGAGGACAUUGAGCUGGAGGAGAGCAGCACCUCAGAGAGCAGGCGGAGGCGGAGCCGGGAGGAGCAUCCCCGCAAAAGCAGCAAGAGCCAGUCCUUCUCCUACUCAUAUUCCUCCAAGCACUCUAGUAGCCGUCUGUCCCGCUCUAGCAACCGCUCCAUGGAAUUCUUCUCGUACCGCCGUCGCCGGAAGCGUAGCAGCAUCUGCCGUAAGAAGGUCACCCAGGCCCGGGAGAAACGUUUCACUUUUGUGCUGGCCGUGGUCAUGGGGGUCUUUGUAGUUUGCUGGUUCCCUUUCUUCUUCAGCUACAGCCUCUAUGGUAUUUGCCGGGAGGCAUGUGAGGUCCCUGAGACUCUCUUCAAGUUCUUCUUCUGGAUUGGGUAUUGCAAUAGCUCCCUCAACCCAGUCAUCUACACCAUCUUCAACCAGGACUUCCGCAGGUCCUUUAAACACAUUCUCUUUAAGAAGAAGAAGAAGAACUUCCGGCAUUGA